AUGUGCGUCGAGGCAGCCGGACGGCGGCAGCAGCGGCAGCUGAAAAACGGCCCCGGGCCACUCAACACUCUCGGCUCCCUAUGGCACUGUGUGGCCGCACUGGCCUUGAGUGCCGUUUCCGUGGCCCACAGCGUGCGGCGCUUUCCGGAACUGGCGGCUCUGUCUCCUCCGGUCGAGCUGCUGCACGCCUACGUCGCCCUCGUGGGUGCCGGCGUGCUUCUGCUGCCGUUCGUGGCAGCCGCUGCGCUUGUACGCGUCGGCAACCUGGCCAACGAUGGACUCGAAGACGAUCACGACGACGACGAGGACGCCAAGAGGUCAUCGUCGCUGCCGAGGCUCUUUUGGCGACACGGUCCUCCGACGGCGGCGGCGCUGCACGCUGCAUCGGCGUUGUGCCUGCUGCUUCCGCGACUGAUAGCCAAUGCUGCGUGUAUUGGUUACGGACUGCGGCCCACCGGUGAUGUCUGGCGGACUGACCUGGAUGUCGUGAUGUCUCCGCGCGAGCGUCAGACGGCUUUCUUCCCGGAAAACCUGGCCGAGUCUCCCUCCGAUGCCGAUCCACCCUCAGUGGAGUUCGUCAACUACGUUCUGGCUCUGGUGGUGUGCGCACUGCGCUAUCCCAUGGUGGCCUGGGACUCUAAGCGCUGUUUCUCUCUCCUCUUCGCUCUGUACAUGGCACUCUGCGCGAUGCAGAGGAUACUGCUAAUCCCUGCUGCCUCCGUGCUUUACAAGGCCCAUGUUGCCGGCGCUGUGCCGCCAUCGUUACUGACAGACCCCGCUACGGUACUGCUACUACUGGUAGCCCAUGGAGCGUCGGUCGCCCUUUCGGGUCCGGUUCUCUAUUGUACUGCAACGCUGGACCGCCGGCGAGGCGCCGGCGCCGGCCUACUUCUAGUCCUCCUCGUGCUCGCAGCACUCUCCGGGGCGCCACUGGCGCACGAUCUCGUGCGAGCUUACGCGUCCAGCAGGGACUGCCUAAUGGCGGCAGCUGCAGCGGCCGUGACGGUGCAGUGGGUCGUUUGGUCGGCGGCGGCCAUGUCGCUACUGGCGCCGAAGAAGGCGCCCCCGCCUACUUACCAGUGCGAGAAGAAGCGAAUGGUGGCGGCAGCUCGGCGACCAGAUGACGACGACUAUGCCACGCUACUAGACGUGUGGCGUCCCGAGCCGGACGAGGCUGGUCCCUCGGUGCCAUGGAUUUCGCACCACCACCGCAACAGCCAAGAGGAAAGGUUGCUAGGACGUGCUACGGUAACCAGGCUCACCUCGUUCAAGAGUGAGCGUGACUAUUCUCUGUACUCGGACCUAUCUCGUGUCUCGUGACCUCUGAAGGACCAGUGUGGUAAUUGAUAGUUAUGCUCCGCAUAUGGCUACCCAUUGUGUCAGCACGGACUGAGUGAGGCACACACAGCGAUGCCUUUCUCGCCUCGGCUGUUCUUCAGGGGAACUCCCAUGCUAGUCGCCACCUUGUGGGUGCUCAAGAACAUCUGCCCGUGAAAGGAAGGGACCACCACUUCCUAUCAUUUGGUGACAGUUGUGCCUGAAAACUACUUCUCUUACGUCAUUGUCAAAGCAUGUUAUGAAGGUGUCUAUGCCCAUCAUUAUCUGCUCCUGCUCGUUGCACCAAAAUUGGCAACUGCACUCAUUUUACAAUUUUCAUGUUUAUGACGGCGGCUGAGAACUGUUGGAGGGAAAAACAAAUAAAACAGAAUGUCGCAACAAGUAUUGGGCAAUAUAUCUGCCUACCUCAUGUUUCGUUAAAAGUGUGAUAAUCACAGUCUUUGUCUUAAUAUUGUGUUUAGUGAUGGCAUCAAUCUACUUCCAUUACCUCAACAUGUAGCAAACUGCAAUUAGUUCAAUCCCAUGAAUAUUUAAGUACAGAAAGAAUCUCAGCAUGAAGAGGACCUGAUUCAUAAUUUUUGACGUAUCUGAAGCACCAAAAUUUUCUUAUUUCUUGUGCCCUCAUAACCAACCGUGUUAGGCUACAGUUUCUUCUCAAUUAUUUAUUAAUGAAAACCUCUUAGAAUAUCCUAAUUUUGGUGGUUAAAAGUGAUUAACGUGCUGACAUUUACUAUAUACUGUAGAUUUGCAUGUAUGCACCAGCGUCAGUAGCGACGUCUCGUAGAAUGAAUUCACACACGAAGCGUAAGAUGCUUUCAUAAGUCUUAUGACGCUGUUGCUCAAACACAAUUGAAAUGACUUUUUCAGCAAUCACGAUGACACUCCUUCUGAUCACCUUUGUACUGUUAAGUUGCAAGUAGCAUACUACGCUGCUAGUAACUAUUUUAUCCAGCGACUUAGCUUCAAAUGUGUACUACCAUUGUCGCCGACCUCCUUGAAGUCAUCAGUACUGCUUAUGUUCUGAUACAUAUCAGGACAAGCCACUUGAAAAAGAUAAGUUUUCUUUAUGUUUUCAUACAUAUCAGGACAAGCAUCAUAUCCUUAACAGCUGUUACAAAAUGCUUGGUCCGUCCAAGUAUUUUUGUGACAUCAUGCUUUCAGAGCGACAGCUACUUCUUUCUCUAAUCCUAUGGAAUAGAAAAUGAGGGAUUGUGUGCAAGAUUUAAUCUCUGUUAAACUUUAUGUGAAAAAUAGAUUGAUAGCUACUUCUUUCUCUAUCCCCAGGGAAUGGACAAUAGAAUAUGUGCAUUCAUUGUAUUUUCGAUAAAUUUGGUUGAAUAUAUAUUUAUAGCUACUCCUUCCUCUACACCUAUGGAAGAGAAAUGAAGCAUUGUGUUCAAGAAUUGAAUCUCUGUUAAAUUUAGUGUAAAAAUAGAAUGAUAGCUAAUCCUUCCUCUACUCCCACGAAGUAGAGAAUGAACUGUGUGCAUGCAUUAUAUCUUUGUUAAAUUUUGUUGAAUAUAGAAUGACAGCUAUCCCUUCCUCUACUUCAAGUGAGUAGAGAAUGAGGAAUUCUGUACAGGCAUAAAAUCUUAAAUAAAUUUUCUGUAAACCAUAAUACAAAAUUUACCUGAAAAGUUUUCUUGAGCAAUUAGCUUGAGCACUUUUUUCGACUUGUGAAAGUAUUCUUGCUACUUUCCUUUUAUAUGCAAUGUUUUUCAUCUAGAAGAGAAGAUACCUAAUUGUGGGGCUAGUGCAUAUGUUCACUUUAUGCUGUCACACUGAAUUUGUGUAUCCGUUCAUCAUGAGUGCCAUUGUUUGGGGCACAAUUUAUAUUUGCUAAUUUUCUGAUUGUCAUUUUUAUGUAGUUGUGUAGCUGAAUAUCCAAAAUCGAGAUGGAAGCUGACAGAUGGAAACCCACAGUGGUAUAAUCAGUGUGAACAGUGAAAGUGCCUCAGACAAGCUGGCCGACGUUUCCAUAGGAGGAGCUUCGACAAAGAUAGGUCCUCCC